UGACACCUCAAAACCCAUAUCUGGUGUAUUAGUAACCAUAAAUAGUACUUUGUGAUGAGUUUAUCAGUGAUUUUAAUAUAUGCUUCUGAAUUUGUUCUGGUUGAAAACUACUUUCAAUGUGACUAUUGUGACAGAUAAUCUCUUUCAGAAAAUUCAGUGUCUACUUGCAAAAUGACGGAAGACACGAACGCCUACUACAGUGAAGAUAAACGUUCUGGAAUCUUUUCACCAGUUUUUAUUAAAAAAUCUGAUGUUAUCCACAAAAGUGUAGAUUAUGAACACUUUUAUAUAUCGAAUUUGAUUUGGAAACUAAAACUGUAUGCCGACAUAAUUUACUGUAUAUCGUCGCAUGAUCAGGAAUUUAUUCCCUUUGACGACGUCAUAAUCGAAAUGAAAGAAGACGACAAACCCAAAAAGGAAAUCUAUGCCAUAAAAUUCCAAUUUACUAACGGACGAAAAGCACUAAGAGUUAAAGACCUUACAACUGAAAAUGGAGAGUUCACCAUUUUAAAAUUCGUAGACCAAUUAAAACAUCUCCCUGAAGAUACAAAUGCUAUUUUGUAUACAGAUGCCACUUUUUCAGCUAAUAAUGGACAAAAAAUUGUUCUUGAUCUUGAAACAGACGUGACAGUUUGGAAGCACAGGCAAAACUGGCGCAUCGCAAAUUGUUAUGGGCUUCAUGAAGGCCACAAAAUCGAAAUCCGAAAGUCUAAUCGAACUUUUACGCUGUUUUUGUAUUCAGGGGAAUUUAAUUUGAAGAAACUACAACAAGAAGCAUCGGAGAAAUUUAAAUAUAGAUUAUACACAGACGAUACAAGUUAUAACAACUUUGUUAACUUCAUUUACAAAUGGGACAAAAUCGAAGGAAAAAAAGAAAAAUUGAGUAACAGCAUACUAGAAAGAGCAGCUGCUCUCUUCAUUGUAUCUCCUUUUAUCAAAUCGAUAUCGUUUUCUUCUAAACCAGUAAGUGAAAAUACCAAACUACUCCGAGAAACUAUAUCAAAGUUUGACGUUACUGUUUUUGCAGAAGAGAGUUGUGAUGAGGUAACGUCACUUUGGCGAGAUGCUAAAGCCGAACUUAGAAAUUUAAAGAAACUUAAUAGAAUGAGAACAAGGUAUCAAAUUAUGUUUCAAAACAUUGCAAAAGUUGAAGAUCUAGAUGACAAGGAUGAAGAAGCUACUAAAUUGCUAUGGUUGAUGGGAAAGUGUCCUCUUAUUGUUAAUGGACAAACAAAAGCAGUCUUUGCAGCGUUUUGGCUUAUUCGGUCGACGUUUAUAGUAAUCAAUCCGCUAAGUUUAAUUUUUGAGCAAAGAAAAUUUUUCACCUUAGCUGAUUUAAAAAUAUUUGAACCGGAUGCGUAUGGAGACGUUGUGCAAAAAUUUAAAUGUUUGAUUCAAAACAAAGAGGCAAGUUUGUAUGAUGUGAUUCAAGAAUGUGACGAGCUUGAUAAUAUUAUAACUACAAAUGAGCUUCUUCACAUGGUAGAUUAUCCGUUAGCAUCAGGAGAAACGAAAACGAGUUUCAUAGGAUGUAGUAAUUUAAAAAUUUCUAGGCCCAUCAUACAUUGUCGAUUUCUAAACGAGUUUACCAAGGAUACCGCAGUUGUCGUGUAUUGUAUGAGUAAUGCGAAGAAAUUAAAAAAAUUCUGCGGUGACUUUAAAAUGGUAAAAGUCGAUAUGUUGGAUGAUUCUACGAUAAGCAGUUCAGGCAGGGCAGAGAUUUUGGACAAAGCUGUAUAUGUCAGUACACAGAAUAUGUCCAAGGGACAUUUCAGCGACUUUUGCUCAAAGUAUUCUUCAAAAAUUGUUUGGCACUAUUUUCGGUUUGACAGUGACGAGUGUCUCGAGUGGGUACAAAGCACGAACGACGUAAAUGAUUUGCAGAAGUUUCAGCUAGAACAGUAUUUUCUAGAAGAUGUCCGUUGUAUCGGGAAUGAUGUGGAUAUUAUUUUAGUCAUUUGUAACACUACUGACGAGAAAGAAAGUGUCUUGAAAGAAUGUUAUCUUUGUCGUUCGAUUAUGUGGGUAACUUUGAUAAACGCAAAACAAUACGAAGAAUUUAAAGGUUACACAAACGCUGAAAAUUUAAUAAACUAUGUUACGGAAAAUAACGGACACAACUUAACGGAACUUGAACGAAAAUUCAUGGCAUUUUCUUUAAAGGAGCAUAAAAUUAUGUUUCUGUGGGAUGUUUUUGAUGAUUUGUCUGAACGAAAUCUUGUAAAUAUUAUAGACACUAUAAAAGAUCUUGUGAAUAAAGGGUUUAAACAACGUGUGGUUGUAAAACGUGAUUUAAAAGAGAUAUUUGAAAAGGAAUUAAACGUAUUGUCGAGAAUAGUACAAAUUUUCCAUUAACUUUGUUUCUUGGUUAUGUGUUAGAAUAUUUUAUACAUUCAUUUGUCAGACUGACACAACUUUCUCCUCAACUUUUAGGAAAAAGAACAUAACGUUGAACGAAAAAGAUGUUAUUUCUUUGUGGAACAAAAUAACAGAACGUGUUCAUAUACAUGUACAUAGAUACGUAAUAAAUUAGUCAUAGAACAAGAGGAUAAAUUAAACUAAACAACCUCAAAAAUAUCUGCAAACUAAGAAAACUAUGAGGUAAAUAAUUUGGGGUAUCACUAAUAAAAAGCGAGAUAGGAGCAGUCAUCACUAUCACUAUCCUCCCUGUAUGACUUUUAUCAACUUUUGUAUUUAAUCUCUAAACUUGUUGCUUAAUUUUGUGCAAAAUUUUUAUUUUACUGUGUCAAAUAUGUUGCAGAGAUAUUAAACAUUAGGAUUUAGCUUUGUCAGCUCCAUUAAUAGGUUACAAUAAGCAGUUCCAUGUAUUGUUUUGCAUUAGCGUUGUGGAUUUAGAAUUUUGUAUUUAUUUAGGAAUAUUAGAAUAAUAAAUAUUUA